GUAACACCGGAGUAACUUCCUCUUAAAAGACCUCAUGUUGCUAACGGUCAAAAUAUGUGGUUUUUGAAACCAAUUUACUGUAAGUUUCGACGUUAGAGUUGCUACAACUCAAAAAGAGGUUUUACUCAUGUCGAACAAGAAUGGUGAAGUGGAGUGGGUUGAGACAACCGAGGAGGUUGUUGAAACCGAGGAAGGCCUCUCUCUGAAGAAUAGCACCCCGGCAGUGGUGGUUGAUUUAGAGUCGACUGAAACGUCACUCCAGAAACUGCUGAGCACUGUGGGACAGGAAGAAAGCACUGAGGGCCAAGAUGGCUUCUGUUGUGAGGAGUGUCUGCCUCUUUUUCAGGAUCAAAGUAAUCCUGAUGACAUUAAUGGUCCAUCAUUUAUCCUUGACUUUCCAACGACUAUGGGUGUCCCACAGAGAGCUCUUCUCACUUUACCCUUUGGCCUAAUGAUAGGCAGAUCCAGUAUUCCCAGUGCAGGAGUAGGUGUAAUAAAUCAAGGUCUAGCACUGUCUCCAGGAAUGCAUUUUGGACCGUAUGAGGGGGAAGUGACAGUGAAAGAAAAUGCUAUAACUAGUGACUUUUCUUGGGAGAUUUACAAAGGAGAAGAUCAGUAUGAGUACAUAGAUGCCACCAGUGACUCCUAUUCAAAUUGGAUGAGGUAUGUGAACUUUGCUCGCAGCAAGGACGAGGCCAACCUGCUGGCCGUUCAGUACAAAGGCAGCAUCCUGUUCCACUGCUGCCGCGCCGUCCAGACUGGAGAUGAGCUCACAGUGUGGCCGAGCAGCAAACUGCACGCCCACCUCAGCAAAGAUUGGUCUGACAUGUUGUCUUUGAAGAUGAGCAGAACAGAGAGCGGUGAGAGUGCGUCAUCUCCAAUUUUCCUCUGCUCCAACUGUCUUCUCUCAUUCACCACAGAGAGCUUCCUCCUCCGACACAUAGAGCACUUUCACUCGCAGCCCAAAGCAGAUGAGGCAGCCGGCGAGGAAAACCCCGGCUCCAGAGACGAGCCUCCAGCCUCUCUGGUGAUGCUGGUGGAUCCAGUUAAAUCCAAAACGUGUGAUGAUUGCGGGAAAGUUUUUAAACAAGUCCCCCACCUCAAGAGGCACAAGCUGUGCGUCCACUCCAACAAGCGGCCUUACUGUUGCUCGCAUUGCAGGAGAAGCUUCAGUCAGGCGUCCGGUUUGGUCAGACACCAGAGUGUUCAUUUUGGAAAAGCCGCAGCUACGGACAAACCGGUCUCUAGAGCGGAGAGCUCUGUACUCGGAUCAGAACUUUCCAACUGGGCGGAAGCAGCUUCAUCUGAGGAGACGGAAAGAAGCAACCCGACUGAAGUUGCCCAAGUGGAUGUGUAUGUAGAAACACAGCAGCUGGAUUGUUCAGUUUGUGGAAAGAGUUUCACGAAUGAAGCACACCUCAAGAAACACGAGGCAGCUGUUCAUGAGAAGUUACGCCCUUAUGUCUGUUCUGUGUGCCUCAAGUGCUUUGGCCAGUACAAUGACCUGGCCAGGCAUCUGCAGAGUCACCAGAAGAAGAAUGAACAUAAAGAGAAAGUGGACGAGGAUUCGGAGGACGCAGCCACCAUGCCGUUUAGCUGUGGUGAGUGUGCGGUGGCUUUCUCUUCGGUGGAUGACCUGCAGCUGCACAUAAACGAGCUGCACUCAGAAGAAUCGGCGUCUGAAACCCAGGGAAGUAGUUCAGCUCCUCCUGUGGAAACCAAAGACCUCACCCUAAACAGUGCCCCUCUGAGGCCGCAGCGCCUCAAAGCCAGAUCUAAAGUUUCUGCCAUCACUCAACUUGUAGCACCUAAACGCAAAGCGCCUAAUCAGCAAGAGGACUCAGUCGCCAGAAAUGCAAAAAUCAAGAAAUACAAGUGGUUUAGCUGUAAUCUCUGCAAGCAAACAUACGGAAACCCGGAUGACCUCAAGGCACACAAGUGCACUUCGAAGCCGCUGAACUGCGGGCAGUGCAGCGCCGCCUUUUGGAAGUCUAGUUUGCUCAGAAGACACAAACAGAUGGUACACGGAAGGGUGAAAUCUUUCCGCUGCGACUCCUGUGAUAAAGCCUUCUCUACGUCAGCGAAGCUGAGGCAGCAUCAGAAAAACAAGUCUUGUCAGAAGUACCACUGCACCUCCGAGCUGUUCCCCUGUUCCUUCUGCCACUUCUCCUUCACCAUGAAGAGCUACCUCAUCAAACACAUCAAGAGGCACCAUCCUAGGGAUUACUCGGAAGGCCUGAUGGACCUGGAGGAAGCUGAGGGGGAGUACACGUGCGCGGACUGCGGGACAAACUGCACGGACGCAGAAGCGCUCGCGUCCCACACGUGCAUCAGGCAGCUGAAGGUUCUAUAUUUGUGCACCGACUGCGGGAAGAGCUUCACAAACCACUACGGCCUGAAGCAGCACCAGCGCAUCCACACGGGCGAGAAGCCCUACAGCUGCACCUACUGCAGCAAGAGCUUCUCCUACGUUGGCCAGCUGAACGUUCACCUCCGAACUCACACCGGCGAGAAACCCUACCUGUGCACCCACUGCGGCGAGAGCUUCCGCCAGUCGGGAGACCUGAAGAGACACGAGCGGAAACACACGGGCGUGAGGCCGCACGAGUGCACAGAGUGCAGCAAGAGCUUCAGCCGCCUGCAGAGCCUCAAGGCUCACCUGCUGCUCCACCAGGGACAGAGGCUGUUCAAGUGCAGCCAGUGCGGGAAGAGCUUUUCCAGAAACUAUCAUCUCAGGAGGCACCAUCAGAAGGUGCACACGUAGGCAAGUAUCAGGACUGUUGUUGCUGUGAAAAGUUCAGAUUUCCACAGAAAUCACCUAAAUGACUUUACUUUAGCCAGUUUAAGAAUAACUUUGUGAAAGUUAUUCUAGAAUUCUGAUAUUAGCCCAUUUUUAUUUAGUUCCAAAACCAGUUUUAAUGCGAGUUGCCGAUGUGUUAGUGGAACACAGUGUCAUUCUUAUUCCUGUUUUGUCCAUCCACUUUAUGCAAAGCUUUUUUUUUUACUCCAACCCAUCUGAGUCAAGUAAUCUGGGAUUCUGAGGUAAUUCUGUCGUUUGAUUCAGGUGUGUUGGAGAAGAGAUGCAUCUAAAAGUUAAAGGAUAGUCGCCUUCCAGGUUGGACUUGAGCGCCCUUGAGCUAGAGGAUGAAAAUAAAUAAGCAUCACAAAAAUCCUCCAGAGACAGACAAUAUCUAUUACAGGUUCCACAGAUUCAGUAUAAUUGAUGGAGAUUGUUUAUCCCCAAAACCUCAUGACUAAGAUUGAUUCGGUAUCAGUUUACAGCUGGACCACGAAGUUAUUGCACCUUUCUGUUUGAGGUUUUUGUCUCCCUAAUGUGUUUUGUUUUGCUUUUUUAAUUAAAUUUACAGAAUUCGAAUUGCAUUCAAUACAAAAUAAUUCUCAGCAUUUUACUCUAAAUAUUAAAUAAUUUAUUAAAACAAGAUUCACUUAUGUUUUUUGACAAAAAAGGAAUUGAAACUAAACUGAGAUUUGCCAUUGUUUGAAAUAAAAACACAGCUGCUCAUCA